ACAGUGUACGGCAUUAACUAGUCGGACUAUUUAUGUAUGGAAAUGUGUUUGUUCAUGGAAAUGUUGAAUGUAAAUUGGUAUAUAACACACAUACUCACUUGAAUCACUGUGGACAUCUGUUGAAUAGCCAUGCUGUAUCAGUCGCGAUCGGACCCUGCUACACAACGUUUCAACGUUUAUGCAUGUGCGCACAUUUUAACGCUACGCUUAGUGAAAGAUUUUUUUUUUUAUUUAUGUAGCUAAUUGGAGUUGGUAAAGUGAAGACACAUAUAGAAUGCUAAAUAAUUAUGAAGUCAUUUUGUGUAAAAUAUACAAGUAGCAUCAGCUGACUACUUUUGUGUAUCGUAUAAAAGUCUGCAUGUGCAUGUGGGGAGCGUAUAGCCAGUGAAAUAAAACAAGGCGAUUAAAAGUGAGCGAAUAAAGUUGGUAGUGGGACAUACGUACAUAAAAUUUUUGUAUGUUUUGUAGUGUGUACGUACGUACAAAUGUCUCCAAAUGUACUAUACGUUUUAAAAAUGAAUAUAAAUUAUUAAAAGCAUAUGUACCAAUGUGUUAUUCAAAUAAAAGUGGUUAAAAAUUACCUAGCCACUCAUGAGUUCAUCGGAGCGCUUUGCUGCGUCUCGAAAGUGUCGGAUCAUUGCACAAGUAACAAAUUAUCAAAAUUGCAAGCUAUCACCAACGAAUCAGGUUAAAUAAUGAAUAUAUUCCUUUUGUCAUUGCCGCAACGUUACAAGCGUCUUCUGCAAGCAAUGACACUGGCCAUUGCAAUAAUUUACACCUCACUGGUGCUUUAUCAAAACGCCUACGGAUAUCCGAACACACAGCUGCCAACAAGAAAACAUUAUCUACUUCAGACAGUUCCUACGCCUGCAGCCUUUAGUCAACCCAAAUCAAGUCUACCCGCAGGAGGCUUGCAGCAAAAGUCAGUAAAAAUCAAGACUCUACGCAGUAUCAAUGGACUUAAGCAAGAGCAAUAUGCAUCUCUCAAAGAACAAAAAAAAUCAUUGCAUAAGCAACAACAAAAGGGUAUGACAAAUAGCCUAACGGUGACACAUCAAACGGCAAAUGCGAUAGCAGCAGUUGUACUGGCUUCCCCACCGCUACUAACUCUUCCCGCUUCAAAGGCUCCACAAUCACAAGCCACUUACAUGAUCCGCAAGGACGUAAAGGGGUUCAAUUUCUCCUCCACCGAAGUAAAUAAAUAUGAUGCAGCGGAACUAAAAGAUUUACCGCGUCGUAGUAGAAACAGUGAACUCUUGCACGAUUUGUGGCAGCGUGCCGUCACAGCAACGCCACAGCCACCGAUAACUGAACUGGACGACAUUUUCAUCAGCGUUAAGACAACAAAAAAUUAUCACGACACUCGUUUGGCGUUGAUCAUCAAAACUUGGUUUCAAUUGGCUCGUGAUCAGACAUGGUUCUUUACAGACGCUGUAGACACCUACUACCAGGAGAAGACAAAGGGACAUUUAAUUAAUACAAACUGUUCACAGGGUCAUUUUCAAGAGGCUUUAUGCUGUAAAAUGUCUGCAGAAUUGGAUGUCUUUCUCGCAAGUGGGAAAAAAUGGUUUUGUCAUUUCGAUGACGACAACUACGUAAAUGUCCCGCGAUUGGUCAAACUCUUGGAUGAAUAUAGUCCUUCAGUUGAUUGGUAUUUAGGAAAGCCGAGCAUUUUCUCGCCUCUUGAGAUACAUCUCGAUAGUUAUCCAACCUCAUCACAUAAAAAUAAAACACCUAGUGAGAAGAUUUCCUUUUGGUUUGCAACUGGGGGCGCUGGGUUUUGUCUGAGUCGAGCUUUGACGUUGAAAAUGCUGCCAAUAGCUGGUGGUGGAAAGUUCAUUAAUAUUGGACGAAAAAUACGUUUUCCUGACGAUGUCACAAUGGGUUUUAUAAUUGAACAUUUACUUAAAGUGCCGUUGCGUAUUGUUGAAAAUUUCCACUCGCACUUGGAACCCAUGGAACAUAUACAUCCGGACACAUUUCAAGAACAAGUUUCCUUUAGCUAUGCGCAUAUGAGAAACCAAUGGAAUGUCGUAAAAGUAGACGGUUUCGAUUUGACCAAGGAUCCAAAACGAUUCUACUCGCUGCACUGUAAGCUUUUUCCUUACUUCAGUUUUUGUCCAACGAGAUGAUCGUCUUAAUUGUGCGUGUUUGCGUUGUAAAAUACAUAAAAAUCUAAUUAAUACUGUUAUAAUUUAAAUGACACAAAGCACAAGUCUCCAGCAAUUUAGGUACCAUAAGUUUUGUAAUUAAACUCAAAACUGUGAUGUAAUUUAAGAUAUAAACAUGCGUAACAAUAAAUAAAUGUUAUAUUAAUAAAUUAUAUAUAAAAGGAAUGUGGAUAAGGAUAGCAAUACAGAAAGUUUGUUAAUUUUGAAUUAUAUAUUUUUUAUUUAAAACCAUUUAAUGUGGGCAAUUUAGCAUUGGGUAAAAUAAUAAAAUUAUUGGAGUCAAUUUACAAAACAGUUUUUAUGGAAUGGCUCUUUAAAACUACAUAUAUAUAUAUAGUUUUAAAUACAUAUACAUAUGUAAACAUCAAUCGAAGUAUUGGAAAAAGAUUUGUAUAGUCAUACUAAUAAAUAUUAUGGUGAAACCGAAUUGGGGAUUUAGAGAUGAGUUCCACAACUCCGGGACUGACCUUAAAAGAUAAA